UUAGAAUCCUAUUUUCAUUUUCGUAAUAUGUCACAAGACCUUAUAUAAACUAUAGUCAAUUUUAUUUUAAAAAUAAGAAAACAACUUUUCAAAAUUCUCUGCAGUAGUCUUAUAAACCCUCCCCAAUUUGAAUAUAACCAUGUCGUACUCCGCAAAGACCUUGCUCAGGGAGGGCUCCACCGAGCUGAACCACAUCUGCGAGCUGGAAAUCUCGAAGACCGCCUCACACCAACGUCUGGUGUCCCUGAUCGCAACCAUAUCCACCAGUUCAAGGAAUACGGACACCAUAUACAAAAUGAUCAUGAAGGGCGUGAACAUCUUCCGUCUAAACUUCGCUCACGAAUCGCACGAGAUGCACUCAAAGACCAUCGAGCUGAUUAACGAGGCGCUGGAGAAGAUUCACAAGGAGACGGGACAGUUGAGAACGGUGGCUAUUGCGGCGGACACCCGAGGACCCCAGAUCCGGACGGGCUUGUUGGACGGAGAUGUGUUCCUGCGCACCGGCGACAACUUAAGACUUUCGAUCAAUCGGGACCUCUAUGACAAGGGCAACAAGGAGGCCGUUUACGUGGACUAUCCAAACAUUAUUAAUCUAACCAAGACCGGAGAUCGCCUGUUUAUCGAUGAUGGCAAGCUACUACUCCAUGUCAUGGAGGUAGGAGUGGACGGUCUGCUCUGCGAGGUCAUCCAGGGCGGUCAGCUCAAGAACAACUGCAACGUUAUCCUCCCCGAAAUCGAAAUCGAUUUGCCUGCUGUCUCCGAAAAGGACAUGUUCGACAUCCAAUUCAGCAUGAAGGCCAAUGUGGACUUCCUUUUUGCUUCGGCGGUACGCUGUGCCAAAAACAUCAAGGAGCUGCGAGCGGUGCUGGGCGAGAAGGGCAGGCACAUCAAGAUCAUCGCCAAGAUAGAUAGCAAGAUCUCUCUGAGCCGCUUCUCGGAGAUUAUGCGGGCGGCCGAUGGUCUGCUCUUGUCGCGGGCGGACCUGGGCACCCAAAUACCCAUCCACAAGUUGUUCAUCACCCAGAAGAGCAUCUUAGGGCAGUGCAAUAAGGCCGGAAAGCCAGUGAUUGUGGCCUCACACAUCCUGGAAUCUAUGCGCACGGAGGUGCAGCCCACUCGGGCCGAAUGCUUCGACCUUGCCAAUGCCAUCAUAGAUGGCGCCGACUGCAUCAUGCUCUCUUCGGAGGUGGCCAUUGGACCGUAUCCUACCGAGGUGGUGGCUACCUGUGACAAGCUAUGCCGCGAGGCGGAAAAGGUGCUCUGGUUCCGCGACCUCUUCUCCGACCUGGUCAGCGAGGUGCGCGGGGAGCUAGAUGCGGCACAUUCGCUGGCCAUCGCCACCGUGGAGACGGCCAAGAGAACCAAUGCCACAUUGAUCCUGGUGCUGACCUCCUCGGGUCGAUCGGCCACGCUGGUCAGCAAGUUCCGACCUCGCUGCCCCAUUAUGGCCAUCACCCGCUGCGAGCGUGCCGCCCGCUGGGUCUACAUACACCGCGGAGUCCUGCCCAUGUUGUACACCUCCGAGCCGAGCAGCGACUACGCCACCGAUGUGGAUGCACGUGUCCACUUUGGUCUUACUUGUGCCAAGAAGAUGGAAAUCAUCAGCGAUGGCGAUCCCAUUGUCAUCUUGAGUGCGUGGAAGGAUGGCGGUGGCUUCACCAACAACCUACGCGUUGUCUACUCCUUCUUCGAGGCAGAUCGCGUCGAUUGCCUCUUCCGCGCAGACAGGCGGCUAUCCCAGAAGAACACUAAUCUUGUGAUGGCCAACCGAGACGGUAAGGAAAGUUCACUUAAUAAUAUUAUGUAAGCCCUAUUGUGGUCUUCGACAUGCAGUUCA